AUGGCUGCUGAGAAGCAUAUCCAACUGCCCACCGUCCUCGACGAAAAGAGGAUGGAGGAGGCCCGCUGCUGCCAGCCCGCCGCCGAAUAUCCCACGCCCGCCCUUUCGACUCACUCUUUCCAGCACGUUCUGAUCUUUGCCCUCUUUUGCUCCAACAUUUUCUUCGCCUCUCUGGCCGUCUUCUUCUACACCAACGCCCAAUGUCCCGUGGUGCCGCGCCGCCUGGACCCUUUCUCCAUAUCAGCCUCAUCACGCGACGCCCGCGCCCACAUUCGCUACGAGCAGCGCAACUUCACCGGCGCUCUGAAGUACAACACCACGGCCGGCGAGUUGUACCGCGUUGCCACCAUCAACUCGUCUGAGCCCUCGUACGUCGGCGACCCGCGCACCACUUCCGGCCUCGACCGCGCCUGGAAGAACCUUCUCAGCGGCUCCAAGUUCCCGCUCUCCAACGAAGAAGCCACCCCUUACCUCCACGCCUCUCAGCCCACCACCAAGUCCUCCGUCGUCGGCACUCUCUACGGCGAACUCAGCGUCUUCCACAACCUGGAGUGCCUCAAUGCCAUCCGUCUGGCCCUCGACGACGACUUCUACCGUGAGCACGGCCCCCAAGAUGGUCUCGGAUGGCAGAAGGCCACGCGGUCCGACCGCGCCUCAUUGGACCACUGCAUCGACCACUUGCGUCAAGAGCUCCAGUGCUCCGCUGACCUCACCGUCGUGCCUGUACUUCCUCGCACCACCACCACUACCACAGAGCUUGCCGUCCAGCCUCGGACGUGCCGUCGGUGGGACGAUGUGCGCAGCUGGCUGGACCGCAGGCACGAGCGCUCGCGCUUCAGCAGCCACCGCCAGGACCAGCAGACCUACGCCGGCGCUUGA